GACCAGGCCAUGACAGGGCGCCCGCUCACAGGUCGGCACCCCUCGGCUCACAAACCCGCGAUGCCUUUUUUGUUUGUUUAUUUGCUUUUCCCCCCGGGCUCCUCGGCGAAGCAGAGUCGCCCUCAAGCUUGGGCCGCCUCCCUAAAAAUGGGGGUGGGGUGAGGAAUCACAGAAGCGGCAGUGCUGCGACUUCUUGAGCAGCCGUCGAGACCUCCCCCCCGCCCGCGCUCCGGUUUAAGGGCGCCGGACUCGAGGCCUUGCCGAGCCCUACCCCCAUCCCCACGCGGGGGCCCGGAGGCCUAAGGCCCCGCCCACGUGGCGAGCAGCCCGGAGCGCGGGACCCGACGGCCGCCAUACAAUGGAGACCACGGCAGGCCCCGCGCGCCCCCGCCGCCGCAUGCACCCCGCGCGCCGGGGGCGCCGGAAGAUUCCAGAACCGGCCUUCCCUGUGGGGGGAGGGGAGGAGAACUCGGGCCCUCGAGCUCGUCGGGCCCCGGAAGGCGCUGGGCGUGACAUGCGGGCCAAACUAGCGCCGAAGGGUCCGAAGCGGAGGAAGGGGAAACUGAGGCCCAAGGAAUUUGUGUGCUUUUCCUAAGUCACAAAGCUGAGUCCGACCCACGCUCUGGGACUCCCACUUUAUCGCUGGGAAGAAUCUUCCCGGUUCUUCUCAUUGUGUCCUCCAGUCUUCCUAGUAAGCACACAGCCCCAAGACCACUCUUGACGCCUUCAGCCGUGCUAUGCAUGCCAGAGGUCCCCCUGGCCCACUGUCCCCGGCGCUGCCUCUUGCCUCCUCUGUCCUGAUGCUGCUGCUGAGCUGCCUGUGGCUGGUGGGGGCUGGCCCCAGCCUUGCCCUGGCCCCAGAGCUGCUGCUGGACCCUUGGCAGGCACACCGUCUGCUGACCCACGUCCUGGGCCACACGGCCCUACCUGGCCUCCUCCUGAGCCUGCUGCUCCUGCCCACACUGGGCUGGUGGCAGGAGUGCCACCUGGGCACGCUGCGGUUCCUGCAUGCCUCUGCCCUGCUCGCCCUGGCUGCUGGGCUAAUGGGUGUGCUGCUGGCAGGCCUCGGGGUGCCCAGCGCAGCUGGUGGCUGUGGCUACAUGCCUGUCCACCUGGCCAUGCUGGCGGGGCAGGGUUACCACCCUAGACAGCCCCAGGGGGUACUGCCACCAUGGCUGCUGCCGUGGCUGCUGCUUGCUGUGACACCAGUGCUCAGCUCUGAGCCACCCUUCCUGCAGCUAUUGUGCGGCCUCCUUGCUGGCCUCGCCUAUGCAGCCGGGGCCUUCCGGUGGCUGGAGCUCUCUGAGCGGCGGCUGCAAGCACUGCAGGAGGGCAUCUUGUGCAGGGCCCUGGCAGAGUGCUGGCCGGUCAGACUCCUUCCUACCCCAGGCAGCCUGGCCGAGCUGCCGGUCACCCAUCCUACCGGAGUCAGGCCUCCUGCCCCCGGACCUCUUUACACAGCCUCCCCUAGCCUCUGGUCCCGCAGCGAAGGCUCAGCCCACCUCCCGCCAGGCCUAGGGCCUGUGCAGCUGACCUGGGAGGGCUCCUCUGAGGUGGGCCUGGCCUGGACCGGGCCCGUCUUCCCCCCAGGGACCCCGCUGUGGGCAGCCCUGGAUGAGCAGAUGCUGCAGGAGGGGAUCCAGGCCUCACUCCUUGAGGGGCCAGCCCAGUGUCCUGAGAGCCCACUACGGCUGCCUAAAUCCUCUGUCUCCUCUCUGCGGUUGCAGCAGCUGGAGCGCAUGGGCUUCCCCACAGAGCAGGCAGUGGUGGCACUGGCAGCCACGGGCCGAGUGGAGGGUGCCGUGUCCCUGCUGGUUGAGGGGGAGGUGGGCACUGAGGCCUUAGUGACUCAGGGGAGGGGCGGACCCGCCCACCCUGAGGGUCCUGGUCCCCCCUAGCACAUGCAGGCCCUUGGGUGACGAGGGGCUUGGCCUGUGGUUGGGGAGUCGGAGCCCCAGCCCUGUCUGCUGAGAGUCACAGUGUGGUGCAGGAGAGGCACCUCUGGCACCCCACCCUGGCACCGUUCAGAAUAAAAACUGCACUUUUUAACCUAGACCUCCUCGGGGGCA